AUGAGAGGUAUCGGCCUCCUACUCGCAUUCUGCUGCCUCGCCGGCCAGGUCGUCUCACAGGAGGAAGCGGAUCCUGCGUUGAAAUGUGCCAGGGAGCAUGCUCAGGCGGUCGGAGGGCUGCAUGGCUUUAGUGGCGCAAUCGGCGUCGCCAUCAACCUCGCCAGCCUGAUCGUCGCCUGCCUGUCGCUGCGACGCGUCAAGGAGAUUGUGGCCGCCUACGAAGUUGUCCCUUACCGGACGCACGACUUGGCCAAGGCAUGUGCCCGCGCUAGCAUCGGCCCCUCGACGAAGAAGUCGGUGUUGGACGUGGCGCGCCAGGAUGCCGAACUGAAGGUCGUCGUGCCGAAG